AUGGUUAUAAUUUGGAUCUUGUUCCUGAGUUUGUUGCAGGAGCCGUGGUCCCCGGGGCGGGCCGCGGGGGUGCCCGAGGCCACCGGAGCCUCCCCGAGCGACCCCCGUCCGCGGCGGGAUGCGGGGGGCCGAGGCGGCGUCUACGAGCACCUCGGGGGAGCGCCCAGGCGCAGGAAACUCUACUGUGCCACCAAGUACCAUCUCCAGAUCCACCCCAACGGCAAGAUCAACGGCACCCUGGAGAAAAACAGCGUUUUCAGUAUUCUUGAAAUAACUGCUGUUGAUGUUGGGAUCGUUGCCAUUAAGGGGCUGUUUUCCGGCAGAUACUUGGCCAUGAACAAAAGAGGGAGACUUUAUGCAUCAGAAAAUUAUAACUCAGAGUGUGAGUUUGUGGAGAGGAUCCACGAGCUGGGUUAUAACACCUACGCGUCCCGUCUCUACCGGACUGUACCCAGCAGAGCCGGCACCAAGCGCAAAGCCAGUGCAGAGAGACUCUGGUAUGUCUCAAUCAAUGGGAAAGGACGACCCAGAAGGGGCUUUAAAACUCGCAGGACACAGAAAUCCUCCCUCUUUCUGCCCAGAGUGUUGGACAACAAAGACCAUGAAAUGGUCCGACUGUUCCAUACGAACGUGAAAUACCGAGAGAGUCUCCUGAAGCCCCCAAGCAAGAACCAGAGGAGGAGGAGAGGACGCUGA